UGGAGUUGGGAAAAAUGGUCUUUCUUGAGACAGAUAGAUAAAAGUGUGUGAGAAGUUUGGUGACCUGUUUGUUUUUUUUCAUUCUUAUUAAUUUCAAGGGGGAAAAAAUAAAGCUGAAGAGUAUUAUUUCUGACCUUCUUUCUCUGCCUGUAAAUUGUAAGAGAAGUUGUUCUCCUCAAACCUCUCUAUUCCUAGACAAGGACUCCAAGAUUCAAAUAUUGUUGGCUCACGUUAACAUCCUGCGCCCCCUCCUCCUCCGUAGCACCUACGUAUUAUAUACAUUUGAUAGCCGUAUAAGAAGCAGUACAGGCUUCAUUUGCAAUUACAGAACGAGGGACACGUUUUUUGGCCAAAAUGGAUGCUUUGUGUUUCAAGGCAGGGAUCCAUGGUAUGGUGGCUCCGCCGAUCGCUGCUGCCGGAAAUGGGGAUCUUCGACUGAGUGAGAAGGCGUCGGUCUCGUCGGCGCAGCAGAGGACUCUGCCGUGGGGUUUUACUUUCCGGCAUCCGCUCAGAUCUUUGUGGCCCGGAGGCAAAAAUCGGUGCGAACCUGCAAUCGCGGUGGAUGAUGCGGUCCUGGUGGAGGAAAAGGAAGAUGAUUUAGAAAGCGACGAGGAAGGGCGGAACGGAAAUUGGGUUUUUAAGAUUCUGCAUGUGAGGUCUCUCUGGAAAGAGGGAGAAAAAGAUGGUGAAUUGACGGGAGAUAUCGAGAUAAAAUCGGAUGGAGACGAUGAGAAUGCUGGUGAAGAUGAUGAAGAGUGCGAUGCGUGUGCGAUUGACGAUGCUGACGAUGACGAAAAGAUUGAAUUCAAUAGAGAGUCAUUCUCGAAACUACUUCGUAAGGUGCCUCUCGCAGAAGCUAGAUUAUAUGCUCAGAUGUCUUAUUUGGGAAGUUUGGCUUAUUCGAUCCCCCAAAUCAAGCCUCGGAAUCUGCUUAGAUAUCAUGCACUGCGAUUUGUGACUUCAUCCCUGGAGAAGAAAGAACAGUCGUCGAAUGUUGAGAGGGAGAAGUUAUCAGGUGAAGAGGGACAAAAAGAAGCUCAGGAUGCAUCAGAAGCUCAGGAUGCCAAAGGCAAUGGAAGAGAGCAGCCUGAAGGAGGUGAAGCACAAUCUGACCAAAACCGCAUAAGUGCAUCUGCGGCUUAUCAAAUUGCUGCUUCUGCUGCUUCGUAUUUGCAUUCUCAUACCAGAAGCAUUCUUCGCUUCAAAUCCUCCAAAUUGAUGCCAGAUGAGGAUUUGGAUGAAGAAAUCAAUGCAGGCACGGGCAAUGUCGAUAUGAUAAAUCAGGACAUGGCCUCAUUGAUGGCAACCACUGAUUCUGUGACUGCAGUUGUUGCUGCAAAGGAGGAAGUAAAGCAAGCUGUUGCAGAUGAUCUUAACUCAACUUGCUCUUCACCAUGUGAAUGGUUCGUCUGUGAUGAUGAUCAGAGUGCGACGAGAUUCUUUGUCAUACAGGGAUCUGAAUCACUAGCUUCAUGGCAGGCAAAUCUACUGUUUGAGCCCAUUCAGUUUGAGGGGCUGGAUGUUCUUGUGCAUAGAGGUAUAUAUGAGGCUGCAAAAGGGAUUUAUGAGCAGAUGUUGCCUGAAAUUCGUGUGCACCUCAAAUCUCAUGGUGAUCGUGCCACAUUCCGUUUUACGGGCCACUCCCUUGGUGGAAGUUUAUCAUUGCUAAUAAAUCUCAUGUUGCUGAUAAGGGGUGAAGCGCCUCGUUCUUCUUUACUUCCUGUUAUAACUUUCGGUUCGCCAUCAGUUAUGUGUGGAGGGGAUCGCCUGCUCCACAACCUAGGGUUGCCUCGCAAUCACAUCCAGUCGAUCACAAUGCACAGAGACAUUGUUCCCCGAGCUUUCUCUUGCAAUUAUCCUAACCACGUUGCUGAAUUUCUUAAGGCUAUAAAUGGGAACUUCCGCAAACUCUCAUGUCUCAGUAAACAGGUAUAUAUUUACUGUUUUAAAACUGUUAUGCCAACCUUUUACUCUAAUAAAACUUCACCCUUGACAUAUUUACAUAUGCUUCAGCAGAAGCUGUUAUAUGCUCCAAUGGGAGAGUUUUUAAUUCUGCAGCCAGACGACAAAUUUUCUCCAAACCAUGAUCUUCUUCCUUCAGGCAGUGGUCUAUACCUUGUGACCUGUUCAGAAUCAGAUCUUGCUAAGGCAGAGAAGCAGAUCCAAUCUGCACUGGCUGUAUUUUUAAACUCACCACAUCCUCUUGAGAUAUUGAGCGACCGUUCCGCAUAUGGUUCUGGAGGAACCAUCCAAAGGGACCAUGACAUGAACUCUUACUUGAAGUCUAUUAGGACUGUAAUCAGGCAAGAGCUCAACCGCAUAAGAAGAGCCAAGCGAGAGCGCCGCAGGAAAGUUUGGUGGCCGCUCGUGACACCACGUGGAGUCAAUGCUGGUAUUGUUGUUAGCAGGCCGGUCAUGUCAGGCAACAUGAUGGGGCAAGGUCAGUUGAAUUUCUCGGGGAUGGUUCAAACGGGUACAGAGUCUUUGAAACGGUUUAGUAGGUUGAUUGCAUCACAACACAUGCAUUUGCUUGUGGUACUCUUUUUCCCUGCUAGAUUGCUGAUAUUGACAACGUGUAGUUUGAUCAACAUUCAUUGACCAAACAAGUAGACAGUUGGUGAUUCUUAUUCCCAGACAAAUGGCUGGCGAUAACAGUAGUAGAUGAUUCUUUAUUGGUUUGGCUACGGGGGCAAGCAACUUGUGUUCCCUGGUUUAUAGAUGGGGGGCAUUGCAAAGGAUUUGUGUAGACAUUGAUACACAACAUACAUGCUAUCAGAUCCUUCUAUUCUUUUUAAGUAAAAUUUAAUUAAAACCAA